CCCGACCUGAACCACUGCAUACUUUACUCCAACUUCCCACCACAUUCAAGACAUCUUUGUGUCUUUUUGAAACUUGUCUAUAUUUUACUUUUCUCUCCUUCUAUACCCAAAUCCCCCCGUGUAUAAACUUUAGACAAUGUGUAAACACAUUCUGAACGCCCAAGUGGCCAUCCGCUCUCCCUGCUGCAAAAAAUGGUUCGACUGCGCCGAAUGCCACCAAGAACAAGAAUCGCACUCGCUCACCAAAACCACUGAAAUGGUCUUCGCCUGCAAGAAAUGCAAGAAAUGUUUCCGGAAAGACGCGACGGAGUUUGAUGAGAGUGACGAAUACUGCCCGCACUGCGAUAACCAUUUCGUGAUUGACGCUGUGACGCCGACUCCCACGUUGCAGGUCGAGGGUGAGGAUGCGAGAAUUGAUGCCAGAAUGCUCAAAGACGACCGUGUUCGCGGACACCAGGAACGCUCCAUCUUCAACUUCAAGGAUAUUUCCGAUCGCUUGGGUUAGACGCCAGGCCCUGAAACGAGGGGUCGAUGAACGAGAUUUACGAAAUCAUGCAUACACACUACUACUAUACUUUACCUAAAUAAUCCCUGUAUAUCACCUUGAACCUAG